AUGAUAACCGGUGGAUCGCUCUCUUUAGAUAAGUCACACUUUGAGCGAUAUGUGAUAGUAACUAACAAAGCACAUUCAAGCCAGUUUGAAUCACUAGGGUUUCUUGUAGAACUCAAUCCAACAGCAGUUUUGGACUUUGAUCCAGAAACAGCUAAAGAUGGAUUAGAGUGUCACUUCGAACAGCAGAGUCCAGUAAGUGUCCAUUUACCAGCACAGUAUAAAAUCACAGGACCAAUUGAGGACAUCGCAAGCAAUUUGAAAUUAACUCGAAACACCAGCUGGGUAUGCUGCAAUGGCGGUAUUGAGAAUGAGGCACCCUCAGACAUAGACCAGUGGUUGAUGGACAAGGGAGCCUCGGUUCGAGAUGUGAUUUCUUUCUUGUGUCGGAAAGAUGUGCUUCCAAACAAGAGAUUCCUCGUCAUUUUCUUACUUUGGUCAACGGUGAGUGAGAAGAUCGACCCACUUGUUGAGACCUUCAGUACAUUUUGUCAGGAGCUCAGAGGCACAGACCAGAUCCUUUGUAUAUGUGAUAACAAAAAUGCAUUUACCUCCUGGAAAGACCUAAUCGAGGCUAGGUGCGGAAUCAACAUCUCUGGUAGAUGUAUAUUUGAGCUCAGUUUUGCUGAAGUCAAUGGCACUAUCCUUAGUCUUUCGUCAAAAAACCGAAGAUCCAUCCGUUUCCUACCCUGUGGUCAGGGAAGCAGAGUGCUUCUUGAGAAGAAAGUGGAGCAUAGCCUGAACACAUUAGAGGUUCUGUGUGUGAACCAAUGUGAAGGUGGAAACGAGGACAAAAUUGUCAAAGAGGAGAACUUCUACAGAGGAGGCAAAGUGUCAUGGUGG